AUGGACUAAAUAUCAGAAGAAGCUAUCAAAGCAAUGCCAAAGAAACCAUAGAAUGGUUACAUGCUAUUCAGGGCAGAUACAUAUGAUGACCUUAGGAAAAAGAACCAAGAUAAAAGUAUGACUGAAUUGACUUCAAUGAUAUCAUCUUUAUGGGGAUAGAUGGAUGAGAAGAAGAAGGAUAAAUACAACAAGGAUUAUGAUAAGGCUAUGGAUUAGUAUAAGAGUGAUUAUGCUGGAUGGUUGAAGAAGUUCAAGUUGGAUGAUGAUAAAGUAAAGAAGUUUUUUAAGGACAAUAAACAAGCUAAAAAGAAGAAUAAGAAGGGUUCCAAUAAAGAUACCAAGACUUCGAAACAUGAUGAUGAAAGUGAUGAAGAAGAUGAACAGAAAAUUUAGUCCUUAAAAAAUAAGAACUAAAAGAAAUAGUAGGAAUAGAAUGUUUAGAAUGCUAAACAGAAUACUAAGGAAUAAUAGAAACAGAAGCCUGUUGUUCCUUAAUAGAAGGAAAAGGAAAAGAAGGACAACAAAAAAAAGUGAUUAAUUAAAAUAAAUUAUAAUUAAAUAAUACCAA